GAUUGGCUAACCUCCUCGCGCUGAUAGUCAACUUUAUUAUCCAACUGUUGUAAGUCUCUUUCUAUCACCGGAGGAAGAUUCGUUACCUCUCCAGAUUCCUAGACCAUCAGAUACAUAGGUGAGACAUGCCUGCGGUCCCCUCCCUUAAAGACAGCAGCGUCCUGGGCCCUGUGUGCCCACACACUGCCAGGCUACGCGUCACCAACGGCAAUGGGGACGCCAACGGAUCCUCCAAGGUCCAGGAAGGGCUGUUACAACUCCCAACCAAGGGGGGCGUCAGAGACAAGCUAGAGGUGGAGGAUGUGACUGGAACCAUCCAGGCGGUGGGGGAGAGGAAGUGGAUCCGUCCCGACCUUCCCAGCCGGUGCACCUGGAGACUGGGGGGCAACCACGCCGACUCCCCCCACACCCAUCCUCAACAGACCAAAGCUCCUAAAAUCCUCACCAACAUCCUCCGGAGGAUCGGUGACACCCCGCUGGUGCGCAUGAACAAGAUCCCCAAGACCUUCGGCCUCAAGUGUGAAGUCUUGGCCAAGUGUGAGUACUUCAACGCGGGCGGCAGUGUGAAGGAUAGGAUCAGUCUGCGUAUGGUGGAGGAUGCAGAGAGGGCAGGACAUCUGAAACCAGGAGACACCAUCAUAGAACCCACCUCAGGCAAUACAGGUAUCGGUCUGGCCCUGGCUGCAGCUGUGAAGGGGUACCGCUGUAUCAUUGUCAUGCCUGAGAAGAUGAGCAUGGAGAAGGUGGAUGUUUUGAGAGCCCUGGGCGCAGAGAUCGUCCGUACUCCCACCAGCGCUCGUUUCGAUUCACCAGAGUCUCACGUGGGUGUGGCUUGGCGUCUGAAGAACGAGAUCCCCAACUCUCACAUCCUGGACCAGUACCGUAACCCUAGUAACCCCCUGGCCCACUAUGACACCACAGCAGAGGAGAUACUGGAGCAGUGUGAUGGGAAAGUGGACAUGCUGGUGGCAGGCGCUGGCACAGGCGGCACCAUCACUGGCAUUGCCCGCAAACUGAAGGAGAGGUGCCCAAACAUCCAGAUCAUCGGUGUGGACCCUGAAGGCUCCAUCCUGGCUGAACCAGAGGAGCUGAACAAGACAGACAAGACCCGGUACGAGGUGGAGGGCAUCGGAUACGACUUCAUCCCCACUGUACUGGACCGAUCAGUGGUGGAUAGCUGGUACAAGUCUAACGAUGAGGAGUCCUUCAACAUGUCCCGUAUGCUGGUCAGAGACGAGGGCUUGCUGUGUGGUGGCAGCUCGGGCACGGCCAUGGCAGCAGCGGUGAGGGUGGCCAAGGACCUGAAGGAGGGCCAGCGGUGUGUGGUCAUCCUGCCAGACUCCAUCCGCAACUACAUGACCAAGUUCCUGAGUGACAAGUGGAUGUUCGAGAAAGGCUUCCUGAAGGAGUCAGACAUCAUGGUAAACAAACCCUGGUGGUGGAACCUGAAGCUGCAGGGGUUGAACCUCUCUGCCCCUCUGACCGUCCUGCCCACGGUCAGCUGUCAGAAGACCAUCAAGAUCCUGAAGGAGAACGGCUUUGACCAGGCCCCUGUAGUGGACGAGGCUGGGCUGGUCCUAGGAAUGGUUACUUUGGGGAACAUGCUGGCCUCUGUGCUGGCUGGGAAGAUCAAACCCUCAGACCCAGUCAACAAGGUGAUCUACACCCAGUUCAAACAGAUCCGUUUGACUGAUAACCUGGGGAAGCUCUCUCGUAUCCUGGAGACGGACCACUUUGCCCUGGUGGUACACGAACAGAUCCAAUACUUGACGGACGGCUCCCCCAGCCUGAAGCAGAUGGUGUUUGGUGUGGUGACGGCCAUCGACCUGCUCAACUUCGUCACGGCCAGGGAGAAGAGGGAGAGGUCCUUCUCUGAGUGCAGUGACCUGUGACCAUGUCCCCGUGACGGCUGGGUCAUGUGCGCACAAACACCUCGUGUACACACACACACAUGGAACACGUUAAUUACACCUACAGCUCACAGCCAUACACAAACACACUGUGAUAUUAACGACAAUAUAAAGAAUAUGAGGUCGUAUGAACUUGAUUGGUGGACAAACUGUUGUUGCUGCUUUCUCAUGACGUGAGUCAUUUAGCAGAUGCUCUUAUCCAGAGCGACCUCCAGAUAGUGAGGACACACAUUUUCAUACUGUUUCCCCCCAACUGGUCCCCCGUGGGAAUCCAACCCACAACCCAUUUUCAUACUGUUUCCCCCCCAACU